GAGGAGCCGACAGAGGAGCCGACAGAGGAGCCGACAGAGGAGCCGACAGAGGAGCCGACAGAGGAGCCGACAGAGGAGCCGACAGAGGAGCCGACAGAGGAGCCGACAGAGGAGCCGACAGAGGAGCCGACAGAGGAGCCGACAGAGGAGCCGACAGAGGAGCCGACAGAGGAGCCGACAGAGGAGCCGACAGAGGAGCCGACAGAGGAGCCGACAGAGGAGCCGACAGAGGAGCCGACAGAGGAGCCGACAGAGGAGCCGACAGAGGAGCCGACAGAGGAGCCGACAGAGGAGCCGACAGAGGAGCCGACAGAGGAGCCGACAGAGGAGCCGACAGAGGAGCCGACAGAGGAGCCGACAGAGGAGCCGACAGAGGAGCCGACAGAGGAGCCGACAGAGGAGCCGACAGAGGAGCCGACAGAGGAGCCGACAGAGGAGCCGACAGAGGAGCCGACAGAGGAGCCGACAGAGGAGCCGACAGAGGAGCCGACAGAGGAGCCGACAGAGGAGCCGACAGAGGAGCCGACAGAGGAGCCGACAGAGGAGCCGACAGAGGAGCCGACAGAGGAGCCGACAGAGGAGCCGACAGAGGAGCCGACAGAGGAGCCGACAGAGGAGCCGACAGAGGAGCCGACAGAGGAGCCGACAGAGGAGCCGACAGAGGAGCCGACAGAGGAGCCGACAGAGGAGCCGACAGAGGAGCCGACAGAGGAGCCGACAGAGGAGCCGACAGAGGAGCCGACAGAGGAGCCGACAGAGGAGCCGACAGAGGAGCCGACAGAGGAGCCGACAGAGGAGCCGACAGAGGAGCCGACAGAGGAGCCGACAGAGGAGCCGACAGAGGAGCCGACAGAGGAGCCGACAGAGGAGCCGACAGAGGAGCCGACAGAGGAGCCGACAGAGGAGCCGACAGAGGAGCCGACAGAGGAGCCGACAGAGGAGCCGACAGAGGAGCCGACAGAGGAGCCGACAGAGGAGCCGACAGAGGAGCCGACAGAGGAGCCGACAGAGGAGCCGACAGAGGAGCCGACAGAGGAGCCGACAGAGGAGCCGACAGAGGAGCCGACAGAGGAGCCGACAGAGGAGCCGACAGAGGAGCCGACAGAGGAGCCGACAGAGGAGCCGACAGAGGAGCCGACAGAGGAGCCGACAGAGGAGCCGACAGAGGAGCCGACAGAGGAGCCGACAGAGGAGCCGACAGAGGAGCCGACAGAGGAGCCGACAGAGGAGCCGACAGAGGAGCCGACAGAGGAGCCGACAGAGGAGCCGACAGAGGAGCCGACAGAGGAGCCGACAGAGGAGCCGACAGAGGAGCCGACAGAGGAGCCGACAGAGGAGCCGACAGAGGAGCCGACAGAGGAGCCGACAGAGGAGCCGACAGAGGAGCCGACAGAGGAGCCGACAGAGGAGCCGACAGAGGAGCCGACAGAGGAGCCGACAGAGGAGCCGACAGAGGAGCCGACAGAGGAGCCGACAGAGGAGCCGACAGAGGAGCCGACAGAGGAGCCGACAGAGGAGCCGACAGAGGAGCCGACAGAGGAGCCGACAGAGGAGCCGACAGAGGAGCCGACAGAGGAGCCGACAGAGGAGCCGACAGAGGAGCCGACAGAGGAGCCGACAGAGGAGCCGACAGAGGAGCCGACAGAGGAGCCGACAGAGGAGCCGACAGAGGAGCCGACAGAGGAGCCGACAGAGGAGCCGACAGAGGAGCCGACAGAGGAGCCGACAGAGGAGCCGACAGAGGAGCCGACAGAGGAGCCGACAGAGGAGCCGACAGAGGAGCCGACAGAGGAGCCGACAGAGGAGCCGACAGAGGAGCCGACAGAGGAGCCGACAGAGGAGCCGACAGAGGAGCCGACAGAGGAGCCGACAGAGGAGCCGACAGAGGAGCCGACAGAGGAGCCGACAGAGGAGCCGACAGAGGAGCCGACAGAGGAGCCGACAGAGGAGCCGACAGAGGAGCCGACAGAGGAGCCGACAGAGGAGCCGACAGAGGAGCCGACAGAGGAGCCGACAGAGGAGCCGACAGAGGAGCCGACAGAGGAGCCGACAGAGGAGCCGACAGAGGAGCCGACAGAGGAGCCGACAGAGGAGCCGACAGAGGAGCCGACAGAGGAGCCGACAGAGGAGCCGACAGAGGAGCCGACAGAGGAGCCGACAGAGGAGCCGACAGAGGAGCCGACAGAGGAGCCGACAGAGGAGCCGACAGAGGAGCCGACAGAGGAGCCGACAGAGGAGCCGACAGAGGAGCCGACAGAGGAGCCGACAGAGGAGCCGACAGAGGAGCCGACAGAGGAGCCGACAGAGGAGCCGACAGAGGAGCCGACAGAGGAGCCGACAGAGGAGCCGACAGAGGAGCCGACAGAGGAGCCGACAGAGGAGCCGACAGAGGAGCCGACAGAGGAGCCGACAGAGGAGCCGACAGAGGAGCCGACAGAGGAGCCGACAGAGGAGCCGACAGAGGAGCCGACAGAGGAGCCGACAGAGGAGCCGACAGAGGAGCCGACAGAGGAGCCGACAGAGGAGCCGACAGAGGAGCCGACAGAGGAGCCGACAGAGGAGCCGACAGAGGAGCCGACAGAGGAGCCGACAGAGGAGCCGACAGAGGAGCCGACAGAGGAGCCGACAGAGGAGCCGACAGAGGAGCCGACAGAGGAGCCGACAGAGGAGCCGACAGAGGAGCCGACAGAGGAGCCGACAGAGGAGCCGACAGAGGAGCCGACAGAGGAGCCGACAGAGGAGCCGACAGAGGAGCCGACAGAGGAGCCGACAGAGGAGCCGACAGAGGAGCCGACAGAGGAGCCGACAGAGGAGCCGACAGAGGAGCCGACAGAGGAGCCGACAGAGGAGCCGACAGAGGAGCCGACAGAGGAGCCGACAGAGGAGCCGACAGAGGAGCCGACAGAGGAGCCGACAGAGGAGCCGACAGAGGAGCCGACAGAGGAGCCGACAGAGGAGCCGACAGAGGAGCCGACAGAGGAGCCGACAGAGGAGCCGACAGAGGAGCCGACAGAGGAGCCGACAGAGGAGCCGACAGAGGAGCCGACAGAGGAGCCGACAGAGGAGCCGACAGAGGAGCCGACAGAGGAGCCGACAGAGGAGCCGACAGAGGAGCCGACAGAGGAGCCGACAGAGGAGCCGACAGAGGAGCCGACAGAGGAGCCGACAGAGGAGCCGACAGAGGAGCCGACAGAGGAGCCGACAGAGGAGCCGACAGAGGAGCCGACAGAGGAGCCGACAGAGGAGCCGACAGAGGAGCCGACAGAGGAGCCGACAGAGGAGCCGACAGAGGAGCCGACAGAGGAGCCGACAGAGGAGCCGACAGAGGAGCCGACAGAGGAGCCGACAGAGGAGCCGACAGAGGAGCCGACAGAGGAGCCGACAGAGGAGCCGACAGAGGAGCCGACAGAGGAGCCGACAGAGGAGCCGACAGAGGAGCCGACAGAGGAGCCGACAGAGGAGCCGACAGAGGAGCCGACAGAGGAGCCGACAGAGGAGCCGACAGAGCUGUCAUGGGAACAAGCUGGUUUUGGAGGCGGUGGAAUGUAA